AUGGCAUAUUCAUCCUCUAACAGUUACAUAGAGGACUACAGCCCAACCAAUUCCAACCUGAGUCAGCGCUAUUUCUGUGAGGACACCCCCUGUGAGGAGACACAACUCUGUGAAGACGCACAGGAUCCUUCCAUCCACUUUCUCCCUCCCAUCCAAGGGGCAUGGGGACUGAAAGAUAUGAGAUGCAUGAAGAGACAAGACCAAAUUCAGGAUGAAGGUGAGCAGUUUUGCAAACCAGCAUCUUUCCUAGCCUGGGGUGACGUCAACUCCAACAACACAGACUCAGCUAAUAGGCUUCUAAAUGGAGACAAGUGGAUAUGAGCGCCAAAAGAGAAAACAAAACUUGUUGACAAACUGAAUAAUCUUGUGCAAGAGUUUCAGACAUUUCUGGAAAAUCUGCAAGAUGCUGAAGAUGAUGACGCUAUGUUUCUUGAAACGAUUUGCAGAAAGAUUUAGUUGUCCGGCGACUCUCUGAAAUGGUUCAGGUCAAUGAUAAGCCAGGCAACUGCAGCUGUGCUGACAAGUGCUCCAGAGAUCUCAAUCCUGUCAGAGCAGCCAGAGAAGGAUGACACUCCUUCCCACACACAGGCUCAGUGCCAGGCCUGA